AUGAGCCUUUGCGACUUGCCUUACAGCUUGCUACAGCUAAUAGCAGUCUUCUUGGGCACGGAGGAUGGUAUCAAUGCUCUAGCCCGCACCAACCGGGCCUUUUUCAAGCAGCUAAACCCCUUCCUCUACCGCUAUCACGUUGAAAGACACACCAGCAAGCGCCCACCCCCCGCAUUAACCUGGGCUGCCGAAUAUGGGGAGUGCAACACUCUGGUCAAGCUCAUUGAUGCGGGAGUAGGCCUUUACCACCCUUCAAUCUGGAUGGAUAAGACGCCAAUGAGCGAGCGGCCUGGCCCCGGAGACAGGCACCCAGUUCGAAUCGCGGCCGAAAAGGGCCAUGUUCGAUUUCUUCAAGCGUUACUGGAUUGGACGGAAGAGGGGGGGAGCGAAAGUUUUGGUGAUCGACUGGCUCGAUCAAACUGCAUCGGUCUCUUCAUACGCGCAGCCUACAACAACCAUCUACCUAUCGUGCAGAUGCUGCUCGAACGCGGCGUCGACCCCUGGGCCACUCCUGUGUUUCUCUCGAUGGGAGUUGAGCUGGGCUGUCUCAGCCCGGAGAUGCUGCAACUGUUGCUUCAGGACUUCCAGCGGCACCAGUCCCUGCAGCCCAUUGCCAAAUGGUUUCCUGCUCACAUGGCACUGCGAGAAGCUGUGAGAAAGGAUAACGUUCAUGCGACGAGGGUCCUGGUUGCGCGCGGGGUGGAUGUUAACUUUGCGUAUCGCGAAUAUUCUACAACGGAGGUCUGGCGUCCCUUGCACUUCUGCCACCAUCUAGAAACGUAUCGGCUCCUGCUCGAAGCGGGUGCCGAUCCAAACAUAGAUGACAGCGACAGCUGGGGCGUCCUCGGCUGCGCGGUGCGUAAUCUCGACCCGACCGUGCCAGUGCGCCCAAUCUCCGUGGAAAGAAACCGUCGACGUUGGGAGAUAAUUCAGUUGCUAUUCGGAUAUGGCGCGGACCCCGCGCGAGCCGGAGGGGGCUGGGCCCUGCAUGGGGCCUUGCGGGACUCGGACUAUGAACUGGCGAAUUUGCUGGCCGAUCGUGGAGCGUCUAUUCAAGUCACUGAGUUGGACGACUCGGGUCAAGCCUACUUGAACUGGGCGGUGGGCCAGCGUGCAUGGCACGCAGUGAUGAUGAUCACCCCGUAUAAUUGGUCCAUGUUGAGAUAUGCUGGUCCAGGGCGGAAUCUCAAAGGAGACGGAGGACUUGCCGGCCAGGGCGAGUAA